AUGUCUCAACAACAACCUCAUGAUUCAAACAUCACCAAUCAAAUGGAUGAUGAUCGAGAUGAAGAUUAUGAAACUGAAGAGGAGGAAGAUGCUUUUAUUAACGAAGAAGAUAUAGAUCAUGUAGCCGGAGAAUAUGAUGAAAAUGAUAAGCCUCCGAGUGAUGAUGAAGAAGAAGAUGAAUGGAUGGAUGAUGAUGAAGAAGACGCAAAAAACAGACCUUUAAGAAAUGUUCCUGAUUAUUCAACAAGCUCCUUUAAUGAACAUACAGAUGCAAUUUAUUCUAUUAGUGUUGUUGAGAAUGGUCCGAAUGAAUUUUUGUGUGUCACAUCUAGUGGAGAUGAUAGUGCUUAUUUAUGGACAUUUAAUACUCAAACACUCACUACUACACCCAUCAAGAGACUCUCUGGACAUACAGAUACGGUCUUACAAUCAAAAUUCAACUUUGAUAAGAGUUUAAUUGCUACAGCUGGUAUGGAUGGAACUGUGAAGAUAUGGAAUGCUAAAAGCGGUGAUUUAAUUUCAUCAUUGGAUGGUCCAGCAGAGAGUAUUGAAUGGAUUGACUGGCAUCCAAAGGGAAAUAUUGUCAUUGGUGGAUCAGCAGAUUCAACCACUUGGAUGUGGAACACUCAAAAAGAACUUUGUUUGAAUGUUUUUUCAGGGCACUCUGAUAGUGUCACUUCUGGAUGUUUUUCCACAGAUGGUAAACUAGUUGUCACUGCUUCUGAAGAUUCAACAGUUAAAGUUUGGAACCCGAAAACUGCAGAAUGCACAAUCACAUACUCUGCUCAUGAAAAGAAUAUCAAAUCAUUCUGUGAAGAGCCAAUCACAGUUUUGAAAUGUAGCCAAAGCAAUCCGUCUAUCUUUUUAUGUGGAUCUUUGGAUGGAUCUGUUGCAUUGUGCCAAUUGGAACAACAACGAGUUUUGAGUUACUUGAAAAAUAAGCAUGCUCAUACCAAUUCUGUUGAGGAUGUUCUAUUCCAUCCAGAUCAACAGCACUUGUUAGUGAGUGCUGGCAUGGAUGGACAAAUUGUGUUAUGGGACACACAGUCCUCUACUGCUCGACAAGUUUUGAAAAACUAUCCCCUUCAAGAACAGUCUGAAUUGUCAUCAACCGAUGCCAACACUGGUGGUUCUUCCUCUUCUACAACAAUGGUUUCAACAGAUCUCAACUUUGAUACUAGUGCUGCUCUUGUUGGUGUUACACAUAUUCAAUUUGACGCUUCACGGCCUUACAUUCUCUACUCGGGUGACAUCCAAGGAAAUAUCUUUAGUUGGGAUGUUCGUGUUGGAAAGGUCGUGAAAAUGUACCAAGGACAUGCCGAUGUCAUAUCCGAUUUUACCCAAAGUCAUGAUUACAUUUUCUCCGUAUCAGAAGAUAAAAGAGCCCUUAUUUUCAAUAAACAAUAA